AUGAAUCCCGAUACAUCCAGUCGCGACGCCGGACGUCGUUCUGUAUCGACGAGGCGAUUCCCCUCUUCCCCCGCGAUCCCCUCGAGCUCUAACAUCUUUCGUCGUGAGGAUGGUCUAGCGGUCUCUCUUGACGAUGAAGGCGACGACGAGCCCGUCUCUCUCCUUGAAGAUCUCGGCAGCGACUUCUCGUCAGUCACAGCGAGCAACUCUUCAGCGCAUACCGAGCCGAGUGCCUCGCCUCCUCGCAUGGGAUCUCCUACAUCUGCGCCGCGUCUCCGAACCUCGAGUUCAGCUAGGUCGUGGGUAGAGAGCCAGGUUGCUUUUGGCGAGCACCGUCGUAUGCUCCGCCGUCAGACCCACGACGCUCCCCACAAGUCGAAAGGAAAGGCUCCUCAACAGGCUCGUUCAGGCUCGUAUCGCCGUCGUUCUCUUGAGACGGGUAUGGUACAUACCCCCCUUCGGCCUUUGCGGCGCAGACAGGAGUCGCUACUAGCCAUCAUGGCUCAGUACCCAAUCGUAGAGGGUCAGCCUCAUGUCAUGCUCGGGGACAGCUCAGGGCGACUCCGCGCGGACCCGAUUGGCCUUGACGUGACGAUGGAGGAGCUCGCGUUGUUCGACGCCAUGGCGGCGCACGCAUCAGCAGCGUAUCGGAGGGAGGAGUACGUGGCGCACGAAGGCCACGGGUAUCCGCGAUCUGGCGCGGCAGGGUUGCAAAAUGACGAGGAGGUCGCAGCUCGCGAAGUGUACCGCGCCAUGCAGGAUGGCCAGCUCGCCCACCAUGCCGCCUCACCUGGAGCAACAUACGGCACCCCGGCUGGCUCUCUCGUAUCUCCGCCGAACCUUCCAGCGUAUCUUGAAGAGAGCGAUACGACCGAAGACGUCAGAAGGGAAGACGCGGCCAUGGUCGACAUCUGGCACUACAUUUACUCCGUCAUCCGCCGUUCGCCGUCACAGCGAAUGUGCGCCUACUUGCAAGUCAGCGCCGACGAUACGCGUGAAGUACUCAGGCAAGUCGCCGAAAACGCAAUGUGCUGUACGCUGCAUAGGAGGGGUACUGAGUGGUGGGUGGCCGUGGUGGAUCGAGAUGACGCCGAUUUUCUUGAAGCCUUCGUUGAGCGGAGGAUGGCGGAAGUGGCCUUGGAUCAGGGAGGGCGACAGGUUUUGAAACUCCCAUGGGGUGCGGAUCCCCUGGUGGUGGACGAAGCAGUACAGGCUGCGACUGGUGCCGCACGCGUAGGCAGCAGCGCACCACAGUGGCCAACGCAGUACACCACCGGGAGAAUCCACUUCCUGGUAGCAUGGCUUGAUUUGGAGUGGUAG